CGGGGCCUCCAGACCUGUAGCAUCACCGAGCAGCACAAAGCACAAGGAGUUCAAACUAUGCCGGGCAUUCUCCACCAGAGCCCUAUCUCUCAGCUAUCAGCUCUAUCAGGAGAAAAACGGGAAGAACUGCUGAAAAACACAGAAAAGAAACUCUAAUGAGGAAUUAAAUCAGAGUUCUUGGCUGUUUUUGAUCUUCUCUUGAGAUGUUGCCUUCUGGGAUGCAGAUGCUCUUCUUUGGAUUGGUUGCCACAGGUCUGUGGCUCAUGCCGUCUUGUAAGGCACAAGGUAAUUACAAUACACCGCUUUUCUUUUCAUCCUUUGUGUCGUUUUUUCUCUUUGAUAUCUAUAUCCAUGUGUUCACCGCUGAUCUCUUUUGUGUAGUAUGUGGAAGGCCUCCUCUGGGGAAUCGAAUUGUAGGAGGCACUGAUGCUCGAGAUGGAGCGUGGCCAUGGCAGGUGGACAUUCAGAUGGGAACGAAUGGUCACGUGUGUGGAGGAUCCCUCAUCUCCAGGGAAUGGGUCCUGUCUGCUGCACACUGUUUUCCUAAACCUUCAGACGUGUCCUCAUAUCAUCUCUACAUGGGUCGCUAUCAGCUAAACGGAAUUAACAAGUUUGAGGUGUCCAGCCAAGUGAAGAGUGUUGUGGUGCCAGAUGGUUAUUCCAUGCCUCAAGCGGGCAGAGACGUGGCGCUGGUCCAGCUGAGCACGCCGGUUUCUUGGACAGACAGAAUCCAGCCGGUGUGUCUGCCUGACUCUGAGCUACAGUUCAACGGAGGGACUCAGUGCUACGUCACGGGCUGGGGGGACGUACAGGAAGGGGUCCCUCUCUCUGGUGUUGGAACGCUACGGGAAGUUGGAGUGCCCAUAAUUGACCAAGCUUCGUGCAACACCAUGUACGCGAUCCAGUCAUCCAACUCAGAGAAAGUGGAAAUUCUCUCAGAUAUGAUCUGUGCUGGAUACCAAGAAGGAGGCAAAGACUCAUGCCAGGGCGACUCUGGAGGACCCCUUGUUUGUCCCGUGGGCAAUGGGACGUGGAUUCAGGCAGGGAUUGUGAGUUUCGGACUGGGAUGCGCUCAACAGAACAGACCUGGAGUUUACGCCAAAGUGUCCAGUUUUGCUAAACUGAUCCGCUCCACGGUGCCUGAAGCCCAGUUGUUGGGACAAGCGUGGAUUUGUGGGGCUGAAAACCUUCUGGUGCUGAGUCUAAGUGUAGCAUCAGUGCUACUGGGGACACACUGGACAUGUUAACAGGAAGUGUGUAGUUUUGUGUCAAAAGACAGUAGGAAAUGGAAGAUCCCCCAAGACACAAAAAGAUGUUUUAAAUAAAUAAUUAUUAACAAUGGGUUAGUAUUAUAUGUAAUAAAUGGACAAUUUCUGGAAAUUGGAAAUACUGGAUUGUGAAAAGUGAUCACUUUUACCAGAGGAGAAACUAUGCCUUUGAAUGCUAAUCCAGCCAAUACUGAACUACAGUAUGUAAAUGUUCAACUACAUCAGCUAAACACUGGUCUUUUCUUUCUGAGCCAUUUCUCAUGUGCUAUGAUAAAGGUGACUACAAGUUAUUGCUAAUCAAUGCAAAUGUUCCUAAUUGAUUUUAGUAACGGCUGUUUGGGCAGAUUAGUUUCCAAAUGGGACAGUAAAGAUAUGUUUUUAUACUACACUACAUUCUUCGAUUUACAAAAAAAAGUUAAGCAAAGCUAAUUUAAUGAUGCAUGAUUGUCUGAUGGGUCAAUGAUAAUUGAUUUUAAUAUUGUAUGUUUAUAAAGCAGAUGUUGAUUGAUUAAUGUUUCAUUUAUUGCCAUAUACACUACAUUUUAAAUGUUUUGUUUAGUUUCUUUUCAUACAAGGAAUCAGUUACCAUAACCAAAAUACCUUAAAUUGUAUUUUUAUAAUUUUAAUUUUUAUCUUUGAAGUAAGUGAAAUAACGAUGUGACUGAACUUUACUGUUUCCUAUACUAUACUGUUACUAUUCUGUUGAGCAUUUGUUGUGGGCAUUGCUAUCCAUAAGGUUCCAAUAAGUUCAAUGCUUUUAAUUUUUUUUUAACUUCUUAAAAGUCUAUACAAUGUUGAAUUAGGUUUUUAAGCUGUGCAGUGUUUAUGAAGGACCUGUGUCCUGAAGCAGGAUAAUGUACAUUUGAUGAAUGAAUACAUCUGAUGAAGGAAUCAAAUACAUUACAUUCUUAAGUGUU